AUGAACUCUCUCCAUAAGACUCUAUCUUCCCUCCCCUCUCUCCCCUCCCCCCCCAACUUGCACCUCCCCAUCACGACCCCCAAACUCCUCCUCUCCGCCCUCUCCGCCACGCUCAUCGUCCUCGCCUACCGCGACUACCGCACCUACAUCUCCUACGGGCCCGGUGGAGCACCCCACAAUGUUCUCGGCUGGUUCGGCGUGCGGGUCUUCCUCCUUCCAUUCAAGAAGGAGAUGUUCUCGACGGAGGUGUACACGUGCAGGAUCCAAGCUGGAGAUGGGAGGAGUUUCCUACCGGAUGCGAAAGACCUCAGCACCAGGGAGGGUCAGCGACCGCUUGUUGGGCCGCAUAUGGUGCCGCAAAGGCAGUUGGAUGGGUUUACGCCGGGUGGGUUGAGAGAGAAAUUUAUGGAGGAAUUCCAAUCCUUCGCGACUCAAAGCCCUCAUCUCGUCAAACUUGCACCCUCGAAAUUAGAACUCCAUGCCGACGCUUACUUCCUCGCAGAUGGACUGGAAGCGUCGAUCCCAGCGCAGAAGACCGAUCGCGAGAUCGCUCAUAUUCACAGGUUAAAAGAUGGGUCUGUCCACGUGGUGUUGGCGCCGGCAGAUUGUAAAAAGAUAUUUGAUGCCGGUUGGGGUCAGCGUCAUUCGUUGUCUGGAGCCAAGGUUCCCAGGGGAUUUUCGGGCAAGACAUUGGAAUUGCCGAGUGAGUAUGUGUUGAUUUAUGCGCCACGCAACGAGAACGAGGUGGCGUUCGUCAUGGAGGUGAUCAAGGCUAGUGUGAAGUAUAUGACUGGGGGGUAG